AUUCAGGGGGUGUGGCGUGAACUCGCUCCCAGGCACGCUGGUGUGCGUGUUGCGUGUGGGUGAGUAGUAAGGGGAGCGAGCGCUGCAUUGAGAAAGCGCACUCAACGCUCGCGCAGGCAGAGAGUGGGAAUAUAGUGCGCGGUGGCAUGGCUUCCUCUCACGGGAAAAGUGAACCCAGGUUCGCCGACUGGAUGGCAAAUUUACCGGAGAGCAUGCACAGCAUCCCGCUCACCAACCUGGCCAUUCCUGGUUCACAUGAUUCGUUCAGUUUCUACAUAGAUGAGUCCUCUCCGGUUGGUCCUGAGCAGACUGAUGCCGUCCAGAACUUUGUGUCCGUCUUCGGCACGGUGGCCAAGAAGCUGAUGCGCAAAUGGCUCGCCACUCAGACCAUGAACUUCUCCAGCCAGCUGGAGGCCGGCGUCCGCUUCUUUGACCUGCGCAUCUCCACCAAGCCCCGAGACCCAGACAACGAACUCUUCUUCGCUCACGGUCUCUUCAGCGCCACGGUGAGAGAAGGCCUGGAGCAGAUCAGCUCCUUCCUGUCGGCCCAUGCCAGAGAGGUGGUGUUCCUGGACUUUAACCACUUCUACGGGGUUCAGAACCUGCACCAUGAGAAGCUGGUCUCAAUGCUGAGGGAUGUGUUCGGGGAGAAACUCUGCCCUGUUGUCUUCGCUCAGGAGGUGAGUCUCCAGUACCUGUGGGAGAAUGAGUACCAGGUAUUGGUGUUCUAUCAUAGUCCUAUGGCCCUGGAGGUGCCCUUCCUGUGGCCGGGUCAGAUGAUGCCUGCUCCCUGGGCCAACACCACUGACCCUGACAAGCUGAUCCAGUUCCUCCAGGCCUCUGUGGCUGACCGCAGGAGGAAGGGAACAUUCUUUGUCUCCCAAGUGGUCCUGACACCUAAGGCCAGCACUGUCAUGAAAGGAGUGGCUAGUGGACUGAGGGAGACCAUUACAGAAAGGGCUCUUCCAAGUAUGAUGUUGUGGAUCCGUGCCCAGAGGCCGGGAGAGAGCGGCAUCAACAUCAUCACAGCUGACUUCGUAGAGCUGGGAGACUUCGUCAGUGCUGUCAUCACGCUCAACUACCAUAUGGAAGACGAGGAAGAAAACGCCACCUGAGACUGACCGACGUGGUGGUUUAGAGUUCAAUCCUCAGCCAUGUGAGGCUACGCUCGCUCUCUCACUCUUUCUCUUUGGUGUUCAUUUUUAGGAAGAGAGGCGGUCCUCUGACUCUUCUAGGGCUACAGUAGUUGACAGAGAGGGAGGGAGCGAGCGAGAGGGGAGGGAGGGAGAGAUGGUGGAGGUAGAUAGGUAGAGGGAGGGGGAGAGGUGGAGAAAGGAAGGUAGAGGAUGGGGGAGAGGUGGAGAAAGGAAGGGAGGGGGAGAGGUGGAGGGAGGAGAAGACAAAGAGGAGGGAGAAUGGACUUGAUUGCUCGGUGAGAGAAACUUUUGGUUUUAUAUUUUCUGGGGGUCAAAAGGGCAAUUGUUUUUUAAUGACACUUCGCUUUGCUUCGCUUCACAUCCGCUGUGACGAUAACUGCUUCCAUCCUCUGAUCACACAAGCAAUGUUCCUGGGGUUUCCACUUCUUGUGAGGAUAAGACUAGCUUAUUAGAGUAUUCUACAAAAUGAAUGUUGUUCAUAUUUUAGUGACCGUGAUGGUCAACCUUCAUCAAAAGUCAUCUUCAUUGGUGCAAGUAAUACAGUUUAUGGUCGUCAACCUGAUUCGCAUGUCAAGUACUCACGUAUGGCAUACUAAUGUACUUGGCAUACUAAACUUGCUUGGCAUACACAAUUCACUUAGGUUGCCACAAUUGAAUUUUGCAGAGCAAAAGUUUUUUGACCUCUUUAGAAGGUCAAAUCUAGGAUAUUCUGACUUUUUUUUCUCAUAAUAGUUUCCCUCAUCACAGUACGUAUAUUGUUGCCUUCUCCCUGCACAUUAGUUCAUCUUGUAAAUCAUUGACCUUCUGUUUUGAAAGAUGUGUAGACUGUGAGCUCAUCUCAUCCUUGUGUUCAAUCAUUUAUAUAGAAUUGAUUAUAUUAGAAUAGAUUAACUGUCUGUUGCUCUACUUCUAUUCAGGUGUUUGCCUGCUUUUUUUGCGUUCCAUCUAGUAGAAAGAUGUUUCCCAUGCUUUGCACCUAUUUGGGACAAACUGUAAAUGCUCAUCGAGGAAGGCAAAUCAUAUUUGAAGUGGCACUUGCAGCAUAGUGAGGAAUGAAAGAAUAAAACCUGUAUCACUUUGUUUUUGCUUACAUUUCUAUUACACAUUAUGCAAGCAAGAGCAUAAUUGCAAACGCUUUCUCAUUUCUCCAAAAAACAACUUAAGAUUAUUGUUGCAUCUUUUACAGAAUGUAUUCUUCGAGGAAACAUUUAUGUAAACUAUUAUGAUUGUGAACUAAAAAAGAAGGAAAUGUUACCUUUUUGAAUGUGUAUGUGUGUGUCUUGUGCGUAAAUGGAUCAUUUCCAACUUUUUUCAGUUCUGUUUUUAUUUGAGAAAGAGGGAGAGAGAAAGGGAGUGAGGGAGAGAGUUUAAGUGUGUGGGUUUUAUGUGUAUUGUUCAGAGUUGUGAACAUUUUCAUACUAUUUCUAUGUGCCAAUGACUUCAUUAUGAUUUAAUCUUAAAUUAUAUUUUAUAUCAUGUGAAAAGCUUGUAUAUAGUGUAAGUGCAAUGGAUUUAUCACCAUUUAAUUGUAAAUGAAAAUGAAUGCCAAGAAUUGUCCACAAGAAAUGCUUCGACAGAAAUAUCUCAGUUUUAACAAAUAUAUGGCCAAUACAUGUUUUGUCUAUCUGACAGUAAAACUAUAUUUUUUUGUAACUAAUUAACUAUGUGCAUGAAUCAAAAGAUAUUUGUAAAUAUAUUGCUUGUCUCUCAGUGGAUUCAUUGAUUUUGGAUGACCUGACUAUAACUACUUGAGUUGUUUGCACUGCAACAGUUAAACACGACCAGGACAUAGGACAUUCAAUAACUAAAACAAUUUAACCUAAUUUUUGGACUAAGUAUAUGUUUCAUUUUGACUCUGAGGGACUAUUAUAUACCUAUGUAAUAAACUUGAAAUGCACAGUAUAAAAAUACAUCUACCUACAUGUGUUUACUUUAUAAGUCAUCCAGUGUUGACAAAUGUACUUCAUCCAUAUUGCAGUCAUUGCCUUUCUGUUUUAUUUGUGAUAAGUCGAUCGCUGUAAGAUUGUUGUAAAGACCAAACCUUGUGUGUUACAAUGAGACAAUGAGUUUAUGUUUUAAGUGGGUGAUGCCCAAUCAAAUAAAGCUAUAUGUCUAUGACUCUC